AUAUACCUGGGUUGAUUUUUAAAAAAUUUUUCUGAGCACGUACAAAUCCUCUGCUCUUGUUUUGAAGUCUUAUUUUCCCGAGCGCACAAACCUCAAAGCGUGGUACAUUGUAAUGAACGUAACGAAUCAAAAUCAAACACUACACAAAUACAUUUUUUUGUAACAAUCCUUUUUUGGUAUCUCCGCCUCUCGUCAUAAAUUUUCAUUGGUUCAUAUAUAAUAUAUGUAACCGUGUAUUCUCAUAGAAAAAUGGCUUCCUGAAUUCUUGUUUAUCCGUCGACCAGUGAGAAAACAAGUUUCAGCAUGUAAUCGGAACUUUCGUUGGAAAAAUUUUUAUUAUUACGAAUCUUAAUCAAGUUUUAACAGAAGCAAGAUUCAUGGAGACUUUUCCUACCGAAUACGAGAUUUUUCGUCUUGAGUGAAAGUGACGUCCAAAUUUUUUGAGGUUAAUUUAUCUUUGGGAAUCUCGAUAACCUCCAAAAAUGGCUGCUUCUUUGUCAGCAUACUGGGUCAAAUUUUUCCAAGGUGCUGGUUUCCCAUUGGAUGUAGCUACGAAACAUGCCGUAGUAUUUUCCAACAACCGUAUAAAACCAGACAUGUUGCCGGAAUUGGAUAAAGCCAGUUUGAAAGACAUGGGAAUAACGCUGAUAGGAGAUAUGAUAGCUAUUUUAAGAUACGCCAAGAAAGUAGUAGAAGCGAUGACUUGCGAGAAUUUUCUGGUUGAUACAGAAGAUGAGAAACCAGUGAAGAAAAUUAAAGCGACAGUUCCGAGUCGCGAAAUAGCUAAAAAUGUAGUUGUCAAAACUUCGAAUAAGAAUAUAGCAGGGAAAAUGAAAAGCAGCCAAGAAGUCACGACAAAAGCUGUGCCAAAACCUGUUAUUGUCAACAGUACAGCAAAAGCUGUGACGGUAAAGAAAAAAGUGACUCCGAGUCCUAGAGUUGUAUCGGCAGUGACCAAAGAAAUUGCCAAACCCGCUGUGGUUAAAAGAAAAAUUGUUGCCGUCGUUUCGGAGAGCGAAAGUGACGAAAUCACCGAAAUCGACGACGACAACAAAGAAGAUUGGAUGAGGAAAAAUGGUAAAAAGGUGAAAAUGACGAUCAGGGAUGAGGAUAAAGUUGGAUACACGGUCAUCAUGCCCAAAGGAAGAACCAUGCAAAGUCAACAAACUUUGAAAAAAAUUACCGACCAAAAACGUACUGUUUUCGAUCGCUUGGGCGAUAGCUCUGUUACAAGCACAACCAAUCCAGCAGAGAGCAAUUCUACACCGACUUUCAAUAUCACCGGACUCGGUAAUGAAAGUCUAAAAAGAACUUUCAGUGUUUUCACUCGUCUCGGGGACAAAGAUGCCAUAGAAACGGUGAAGAAAAUAACUAUCUCAAAAGAACCAGCGGAUGUCUUCCGGCCUGGAAUCCUUAAGACAACGAGACCUUCCUCCAUCGGAUCAACUAGUCUCUCUCUCAAACAAGAACCCAUAGUUAUAACGACAAAAUCAAUCGGUACUAUGCAUGCGGAUCAUGAAAAGAAGCAAAAGACUACAGCUAACAUCAGACAACUCGUUAGGACCACAAAAAAAAUAAGGCUAAACGAACCAUCUUCGGCACUCAAGUCCUCUGCUAAGGUUACUAUAAAAGGUAGCAGGCCAGGUAGCAAAUUAGCAUCCGAAAGAGUCGGAAUUGUACCGGCAAAAGCUCGUCUUGGACUCGGAGGCAACGCAGUGACAAAACAAGUCACGUUUGAUCGGUUCGCAAAAGUGACUUCUUUCGAAAAGCCCGGAGUAUUCAGUCGUUUGGGUUUCUGAGACGUUUUGGAUUUAAAAAAACUAUAGUCCAGUAAUUUUUUCAACCUUUGAUCACGAUUGUUGUAAUUCGUUUUUAACGUUUAUUUUUCGUUGCUUUCUCCAAAUGAUUUCUCGUUGUAUAUAGUGGGAGGAAUAUUUGGAAAAGCUCCGCCACGUUUCAUAUUCCAGAAAUUAACCAUAUUUUACGAAUUUUCAUUUCCAUUUCAUGAUUGUUCUCUCUUAAUGGGAAAAAGAAGUAACCAAACGUUUGACAGCGUACCUUAAUGAGAUGGUUCAGUUUUAUUUGGAAUUUGAGAGGACAGAAAUAUGUAAUAGGAUCAAGGUGAAUGAAACAACUCUUUUAUACGAAACUAUAUGUGCUCCGCAAUGAAUCAUCUUUACUAUGUAUCAAUUACGUACAAAUACACGUAAACGUCAUUUCCUAUAA